CUGGCCCGAGCAUGGCACAGAGACUCAGCUGCACCCGGACCACAGAGCUGGACAAGUUCAUAGAGGACCAGCUUGUUCCCGACACCAGAUUCCGUGCUGAGGUCACAGCGGCCAUCGAUGUCGUGUGUGCAUUCCUGAGGGAGAGAUGCUUCCGAGGCGCAGAUCAUAAAGUGAAAGUCUCCAAGGUGGUGAAGGGUGGUUCCUUUGGAAAAGGCAUCGAGCUGAAGGGCAGGUCGGAUGCCAACUUGGUGGUGUUCUUUAGCAAUCUCACCAGCUUUGAGGAUCAGUUAAAGCGGAAGAGAGAGUUCACCCAGGAAAUCAAGAAACAUCUGUGCACUUUACAGCAAGAGAAAAAGUUUCAACUGCAGUUUGAGAUCCAGGAUGAACAAUGGCCCAACUCCCAGGGGCUCAACUUCAAGCUGAGAUCCCCUGAGCUCCAGCAGGAGGUGGAGUUUGAUGUGCUGCCGGCCUAUGAUAUCCUGGGUGAUGUCGAAAUCAACCACAGGCCUGACCCAGAAAUCUAUGGAAGGCUCAUCAGGGUGUGCACCUCCCUGGGGCUGGAGGGCGAGUUCUCCAUCUGUUUCACGGAACUCCAGCGAAACUUUCUGAAGGAUCGUCCACCCAGGCUGAAGAAUCUCAUCCGCCUGGUCAAGCACUGGUACCAACUGUGUAAGGAGAAGCUGAGGGAGCCGCUGCCCCCACAGUAUGCCCUGGAGCUGCUCACAGUCUAUGCCUGGGAACAUGGGAGUAGAGCCCUUGACUUCAACACAGCCCGGGGCUUCCGGACAGUCUUGGAACUGGUCACCAACUACAGUCAUCUUCGAAUCUACUGGAGAGUAUAUUAUGACUUACCAGACCGGGAGGUCUCCAAAUACCUGCUCAGACAGCUUGGAAAAGACAGGCCUGUGAUCCUGGACCCUACUGACCCAACAAGGAAUGUGGCUGGCGGGAAUCCAUUGGGCUGGUGGCUGCUGGCAGGAGAGGCUAAGGCCUGGCUGGAGUACCCCUGUGUUAGGAAUUGUGAAAAGUCCCCAGUGCGCUCCUGGCCUGUGUUGGCAGAGGCUGAAGAGCCUCAGGAAUGCAUCCUCCUGUGAGCACAGCAGCACCUGCCCAGGAGGCGCCAGAGUCAGGGAUGCGUUCCUCUGUGCAGGAUGCCGCCCAAGGCCCCAGUGAGGGAGCGUCCAACCUGGGGUCAGACUCCAGGCUCCUGACCCCGCCCUCCUUUCCAUCCCACCCCAUCACAGCCAGCCUUCCUCACUGUCUGCUUCAUCUGCCUCAUCCUUGACAGUGUUCUCUGGGGGACAAGAGAUUCAGAAGGGAGGGGAGAACUCAAGCCUGACUCCAUCUGUGUAUCUGUUGGAGGGUUCUGUCCAGUGUCUGAUCAACAACAAUCAACAGCAGAUGCCA